AUGUCGAACCAUCCAUAUACUAAGGCUCUGUUCGGUAGAAAGAAACCUGUUUCUUUUUGUGUCUUCAUUCAAAAGGGGGAAUCCACAAACCCACCUUCCAAGCGUGCUGUUUGGAAAUCGCAUGAGGAAGCGGAGCUCGUCCACUCCCUUCUUGAAGUUAAGCGUGCAGGUGGCACCUCGAAUAUUGGGUUCAAAGACAAGGUUUGGAACUCAGUUUCCGCACACUUAACUGAGGAAUGCGGGACUGUGUUCAAGCCGAGUGCUUGUAAGAAUAAGUAUGGCAAGUUAAAACAGAUAUACUGGGCCAUCAAAAGACUUUCAGAGCAGUCAGGAUUUCUGUGGAGCAAUGAGAAUGGUGCUGAUAGAGCGAUAAGUUUUUGUUGA